CAUUUGAGAACUACAUGUCUUUCUGAAUAGGUCAGUAUGCACAAUUGCAAGAGGAAAACGUGACAAACAUCUGAUGCCGUUUAAUAAACCAUGAAAUUACAUAUUUUCAGUUAAAACCUCUCAUCCGGUAUAGUCACAGUACACAUGAGUGUAAACAGGCUGCAGCAGCUCAAGGGCCAUAUAUUGCCUCAAAAUAAGAUCACAGCGAUGGCCGGCUCUGCGAGUCCCCUGACCACCCAUGUGCUGAACACUGCAACGGGGGUCCCUGGUGCAAACAUGACCCUCAGUCUCCAUCGACAAGACCCUUUGACUAGUGCAUGGAGUUUGAUAACCACUGGAAUUACAAAUGCUGAUGGACGUUGCCCGGGACUCAUAACAACACAAAUGUUUACAUCUGGGGUGUAUAGAUUGCAUUUUGACACUGCUCAGUACUGGCAGAGUAUGGAAGAGACCUGCUUCUACCCGUAUGUUGAGAUCGUCUUCACUAUAAAUGACCCAGGGAAAAAGCACCAUGUCCCUUUGCUCCUGAGCCGUUUCUCUUACAGUACAUACAGAGGGAGCUAGAAGUCAAGUGUGAUGUCCCAUCGCAGACCGAGGCAACUCCACCAAGAACAUCCAUCUCUCCACCAGCUGAACUGUCCUAUUGACAAAUUGAUUACACUAAUCGAUUAAUAGACUGUGCUUAUUUGGAUACCAUUAUACAACAUGCCUAUUGAAAAUUCUUAAUACGCUAACUCUGAUUUAAUUAACAUAACAUAUUGUAUUAUGUAUAUUUCUUUGGUGCUUUAAAAUGAUUCAUAAAAUAAAUGCAUCUGUUUUUUUCAAAA